AUGCCAUCUGAAACUUCCGCCAAGAAACUGAAACGUUCAUUUAAUCCAUCAUUCGUCGACAAGUAUGGAAUUGCUGACGUUAGUGGUAAAGGGAUAUGUGUCGUGUGUUCUAAAGAACUAGCUGAGGAGUCACUGAAGCCUGAUAGAUUACAGAGACACAUGGAAACUCACUUGAAAAGUUUGGUAGUGGACGAGUCAACUGAUAUAACAGCACAACCACAACAUCUGAUCUUUGGAAGGUUUGUAAAGGAGAGCUCUGUUACUGAGGAACUGCUUGCUUGCAUAUCAUUUGAAACCACAACAAGAGGUGAGGAUAUUUUUAAUGCUAUAGAUAAAUUCUUCACUGAAAACGACCUGGAUUGGAGUAAAGUAAUUGAAUGUAGCAUGGAUGGUGCCCCAUCAGUGAUGGGCAAGAAUAUUGGAGUGCGUGGAAUUCUAUCAAGCAAACAUCCUCACAUUAGAAUUAACCACUGUAUAAUUCAUCGCCAGAGUUUGGCUUCAAAAGACAUGUCUCCAAACUUCUUUGAUGUGAUGCAGAUAGUCAUUUCCACUGUCAAUUAUGUGAAGUCUAGGGAUCUGAAUUCUCGCAUGUUCUAA